AUGGUGAAAACACGUUCCGGCAGAGUUGCCAAGGAUGUUAAGCAAAAAUCUGUUUCAAAGAGGAAAGUUGGAACUACAAAGAAAGGGAAAAAGUUGUCUGAACGUUUUUCCCCUGUUCUUGAAACCGUUCAUGAACAUGUGAUGGAAAAACCUGAUCGUGAAGUUGAGAUUCCAGCAACUGAUGUAGCCCAUGAUGAGGGAACCGCUGUCUCAACUGCUGAAGAUCAUUCUCUUUCUGAAGGACUUGAAGGUCAUGUAGCGAAACAUGCUUUUGUGCAUGAAAUUGAUCUAAAUGAAGUCGCACCCAUGGAAACUGCAAAUGAAGAUGAAGUCGCUAUUGAAAUGGCUGGGACACAAGAAGAAAAUACUGAGGAGAACCCUGUUGAUGUUCAAGAAGUUGAAACUGUUACUGGCGGUGAUGCAGAGGAUGCUACAAUCACAAAAGAGGUUCCUGCUGUUGAUGAACCUGGAAGUGAGGCUGUGCUUGAAGAGGUACCUGAUGAAGACAUUGAAGGAGUUGGAACAGAAGUACCCCAACCCGUGAAUAUGAAUUUUGAAGCUACAGAGGUAGAACAAGUCAUUCCUGAAAAUGUGAUUGAGGAAGAAGAAGCUCUUCCUAUGGAACACCCCGAUAUCGAUGAUGAAGAAGAAGAAGAUGAGUUGGACUCUCUUCGUCUGUCCUCUGCUUUGGACAGACUCCGGAAAAGAAAACAUGGCAGUUCAUCUCGCAAUGCCCCUGCCCCUGUCCCUGCUAAAAAGACUUUCAAAAGGACUAAGGCAAAGAGUCGAAAGUCUAAAGGAGUUUCUGAUCCUCCUACUGUUCGUGAAGAUAAAGCGUUGAAUGAGGCAUAUUAUUAUGCUUCUGGGCGUCGUUAUGCUCAGGAUAUUCUUGCUGGAAGGACUGUGAUUUCAGAAGCUCAGUUUAUUCGGAGAGCGUAUACCGACGUAGGAUUUCGUGCGUUCCUUGAGGAAAAACAUUUGUUGUUUUGGGCGACCGGAUUGGAGCGUUACUGUCCUCGCCGUGUCAAGGAGUUUUAUGCCAACUUGAGUGGGAAGGUACUCGAUCCGAACUCUCUAUGGUAUCAUAAGAUAUAUAUUCGUGGCAAAAUUUUGGAACUUAGCCCUGCAGUGAUCAAUGAGUUGUUACAACUGCCGGCGAAUGAUGAAAAUAAGCUGCCAUCUGAGCUGAUUGAUGAAUCAACAAAGGAGGUUGCCAGAACCAUAUCUGCUAGAAAUGCUUCGUCAUUUGGACGUUCUGGAGUGACUGGAACAAUGCUGACAAUGAAAUAUCAGUGUCUCUUUAGACUUUGUGGAUGCAAUAUCUUACCAACCGCCAACAAUACAAGUAUCAGCACUGAUAUGGGUACUCUCAUCUUCUCUAUUGAUAAACAUUUUGAGCUAAUUAAUUUUGGCUAUUUGAUAAUCAAGAAGAUGAUUGACUUUUGUUCGGAUUCAAAAGUGGAAUGGACACGAUUGCCCUAUCCCGGUUUAAUUUGUUUGUUCUUGAGUUCCAAGGGAAUUCAUCCAGAACCGGAUGAGGAGAUGUUUCCCAUUCGAUCAUUUAUUGCCCAGUCCAACCUCAAAAAGCUUCACAAUGACUUUCUUCUCGGUGCCCCAUUGGAUGCCGAUGCUCGCAUAGAGAAGUGUAGGGCGCUACUGACUGAAGUCAUGAGGGAACAAUCUGCUCUGUCUGCUGCUCUCAUUGCUCAGAAUAGAAAAGUGGCACAGGCCAUGAGGCUGAUGCCUCGCAAACCUGGAAGCGUCGAUGAUGAGGACGUUGAUGCAGAUGAUGAUGGAGAUGGUAACGGUACGGAGGAAGCCGACCCUUGA